CAGGAGGCGGAAGCGGCGCGCGGCGGCGGCGGGGGCGCGCUCGGCGCCCAUGGGGCUCCUUAAAGGCGCCGCCGCCCCCCCCCAUCCGCGUGCCCGGGGACGGCAGCGCCGCGCGGGGCCGGCAUGAGCAGGAGGGCAGCGCCAUGGCCGAGAAGACGUCGCCGGGCCCCGGCGGGGGCAUCACGCCCCUGCAGCAGAUGCUGGCCUCCGGGACGGGCGCCAUCCUCACCUCGCUCUUCGUGACGCCGCUGGACGUGGUGAAGAUCCGGCUGCAGGCCCAGAGGACCCCCUUCUCCAAAGCAUGGUCGGUGCGCUCGGCGCCCUGGGGCUCUCGGCAGGCCACAUGGAAGUGCUUCCUCUACUGCAACGGGCUCAUGGACCACCUCUAUGUCUGCCAGAACGGCCCCGGCUGCACCGCCUGGUACAAGGCCCCCACCCGCUUCACCGGCACCCUGGAUGCCUUCGUGAAGAUCACGCGCUACGAGGGCAUCAGGUCCCUGUGGAGCGGCCUCCCCCCGACGCUGGUGAUGGCGGUGCCGGCCACCGUCAUUUAUUUCACCGCCUACGACCAGCUCCGGGACUACCUGCACGCUCGCACCGGGAGCGGCGGCCACCACAUCCCCUUGCUGGCAGGGGCCCUCGCCCGCCUGGGUGCUGUGACGGUGAUCAGCCCCCUGGAGCUGAUCCGCACCAAGAUGCAGUCGCGGCAGCUCAGCUACCGGGAGCUGCGCGUCUGCAUCCAGUCGGCGGUGGCUCAGGACGGCUGGCUGUCCCUCUGGAGGGGCUGGGGACCCACUGUGCUGCGGGACGUCCCCUUCUCCGCUCUCUACUGGUUCAACUACGAGCUGGUGCGCAAGUGGCUCUGCACCCAAGCCCGGCUGGAUGAGGCCACCUUCAUGAUCAGCUUCGCCUCCGGGGCCAUCUCCGGCACGGUGGCCGCCGUGCUGACGCUGCCCUUCGACGUGGUGAAGACCCAGCGGCAGAUCGAGCUGGGAGACAGCGAGCUGCACCCGGUCGCAGCCUCCAAGCCGUCAUCCACCUGGAUGCUCAUGCGCCGCAUCCGCGCUGAGUCGGGCACCCGGGGGCUGUUUGCAGGGUUCCUGCCCCGUGUCAUUAAGGUGGCACCCGCCUGCGCCAUCAUGAUCAGCACCUACGAGUUCGGCAAAACCUUCUUCCAGAAGCUGAACCAGGAGCGGCGGCUGCGGGGGUUGUAAAGGGUUGGGGCACGGAUGGGGACCGUGGCCCAUGGGACAGGGACACCCCCGCGUGCUGAGCCCAAGUGCCUUCCCGUGUGCUCCGCUCCCCAACGGCCCCAUGGUGUGGACACGGUCCUGGGGGCUACCCUGGCCCUGCCGUGCUGGGGGCACGGUGCCUGCUGUGACACUGGGGACGUAUAUCCCCCCCCCAGUCCGUCCCUUGAGGCUGGACAGAUGCUGCUGCUGGAUUGACUCACGGACUUGGGCGAGGUCGGGUGCCCCCAGCCUCCUGCCGUGCUCGGGGGCAGGAGCUGGGGCUCCAUCGUGGACCAAACCCCGGGGGCUGCCCCCCAUGCCUGCCCCCAGCUCGGCUUCGGCCCCGAGCCCGGCCCUUCACCACCAGUUACGCACAGCCUCCCCUUCUGCCCCUGCGUGGUGUGGGGACACCUUGCAGCCCUCCCCCGGCCUGCUCAGGACCUCCCCGGCCCCUGGCACAGCCCGGGCUCGGACCCUGCGUGGGGACAAACCUCGCUGCUGCUCUGGGGGGAGCGGGCUCUGUCCUGUGCCCCCUGUCCCUUCACCGUGAGGACCUGCCCUGCGCCGUGCCCGGUGCGGGUGCUGCCCGAUCCCCUCCCAGUCCCCAGCUUGCCCUGGGUGCCUGGGGGGAGUUUCUCUUAUUUUCUUAAAUAAAAUGAAAUGGAAUUUGUGUCUUA